UAUUCCUUUAUUAUCUUCUCUCUCUAGAGAGUUGAUGUGAUUCUCCACUAUACACUCCCAAAAACCAAAAAACCUUUACAAAAGAGAGAACGAUCAAUUAAGAACAAUGGUUUUUCCUUCAAUUCCAGCAUAUCUUGAUCCAUCCAACUGGCAGCAGCAACAAAAUCAUCAAAUUGGAGUUAGCAGCACAAACCCUUCGCUUCCACCAGCUUCUUCACAGCCUGUGCCACCACCCCCGCAGCCUCAUGCCGGUGGUGGCACGGGAUCAGUCCGGCCGGGCUCCAUGUCUGAGAGAGCCCGGUUAGCUAAUAUACCGAUGCCUGAGGCCGCCAUGAAAUGUCCUCGAUGCGAAUCAACGAACACUAAGUUCUGCUAUUUCAACAACUAUAGUCUCUCUCAGCCAAGACACUUUUGUAAGACCUGCAGACGGUACUGGACUAGAGGCGGCUCUCUGAGAAACGUUCCAGUGGGAGGUGGCUGCAGGAGAAAUAAAAGAAGUAAAUCUAGUAGUUCUAAGUCUCCUGCGAGUAGUGAUAGGCAAACCACCUCCAGCUCCACCAGUACUGUUUCCUCUAACAGUGGAGCAGUGGCUAAUAUAUUCGGCCUCAAUCCCCAACUUCCACCUCUACGCUUUAUGCCUCCUUUGAGUCAACUUCCUGAAAACUAUAAUAGCGGUGAUAUUAGCCUAAAUUACAGUGGAAUUUCAGCUCCCAUGGUAGGGACAAGUGAGGUGAACUUUCACGUAGGAAACAGUCUACUUGGUGGCGCUGGCGGCAGUAUUGGUGGAGGGAUGGCUUCCCUUUUAUCAAGUGGCGGUGGAGUUGAGCAGUGGAGGUUGCAGCAACUACAGCAAUUCCCUUUCUUCAGUGGUUUGGAUCCAUCGCCGUCGGGACUUUACCAAUUUCAAGGUGGUGUUGAGCAAUCAGGCUUUGUCGGUGAAACUAGUCAGGCGAGGCCUAAAUAUUCAAGUUCAAUUCUAACUCAGAUGGCAUCAGUAAAAAUGGAAGACAACCCAGAGGUGAAUUUGUCAAGGCCAUUACUGGGGAUGCCAGGAAAUGAUCAGUGGAGUGGUGCUGCGAAUUGGAUAGAUCUAUCUAGUUUUAGCUCUUCUUCGACAAGCAAUCUUUUAUAGAAACUACACCUAGCUUGAGUUUUUGAUCUGCAGCUCCCCUAAAGAAUUACAUCAAGUUUGAAAGGUUCCAGGAUGAUACUGCAGGGUCAAGCGAUCGAUCAACUGAAAAACCUAGAAUUGGUAGGUGGUUUUUAUUUAUUUGUUAUUGUUAUAGGUUUUUCUGUACUUGUUUGUCAACGCAGUGUAUUGAGUUGUUGUAGCUUUAUUUUAGACAUUGAGACCUAAUAUUUCCCAAGAAUGAUUUUAAUGUUCAUUGUAUCUCUGCUAACAGUUGACAUGGGUUUUUGUUUGGGAGAGACGACAUGGAUUAGGUUUUA